AAAUUGUGCAUUACAUUAAUUUGAGAAAUAAUCGCUUUAGUUUGUACCAGUUGUUUAAAUUAAAGCACCCCUGGGAUGUUAUAAACUCGGUUGCCACUGGGUGGCGCUGUGCCACCAGGUGAAACGCAUCUCUACAAGCCGAAAGGCGUCUUUCAGGGUGAGCAUUUUCUAGACAGCAGGAAUAGUUACUCUCGGUAAAAAAAACAAACAAAGUAAUAGGUUUCGUUGUAUUUGCUGUCACUGGGAAUUUGCGUUUUCUCGCCGUUCACUUUUUCUCGCCGUUCACUUUUUCUCGCCCAGCACUGUAGUGAUACUGACUUUAUACUCAAGAAUUAGUCCGAAUGGACUGACUGGAUUUAGUUUUGAAACAGUUUUAUAAGAACUCUUGUCUACUGGGCCGUAUAAGACCAGGUGCCAGCACUGGAGUGGGCUCGGUGCACCAUGCAGCAGCAGGUUAACCGUGCGCUGAGAGCAGGGCGGUAUUACUUGUGCCCCCCUUCCCGCUGAGCCGCACCCAGGGUAGGGGGCGUCUAGGAGCCACUACCAGCCAAGCGCUGCCUGACCUGGACCCGGAGCUUCGACUGCGGAGCCCCAGCAUUCAGCGAUGCCACGGAAAGGAGCCGGCACGCUGUGGGGACUCGUCACAUGGUGCUGUGUGGCGCUGAGGGGCCCCGGAGCCGCCGGCUGUCGCUGCCCCCCUGCCACCGCCCUGGACGGCUUCCCCGCCACGGGUCUGGCUGAGUCAUGCUGCCUGAACUUCUCCGGCUCCUCCUUCAGGAGCGUGACAUGGGCCACCUUCUCGGCCAUGGCGCCUCUGCGCGUCCUGGACCUGUCCUACUGUAACAUCAGCCAGCUGCUUGUGGAAGGACCUUCCCCGUCGGGCCUACAGGAGGUCUACCUGGGGGGUAACAGCCUCAGGAGAGUCCCUGAUGGCUUCCUGGCCAGCGCCCCCCAUCUGAGGGUGCUGGACCUUGGGCAGAACCUCUUGGAGGAGCUUCCGGAGGUCUUCCUGCAGGCCGCUGCCUCCCUGCAGGAGCUCCGCCUGGCCUCCAACCACCUGGCAGGCCUCCCGCGCUCCGUCUUCCAGCCACGGCUGUGGAGGGUCGAUCUGUCCGACAAUCCGUGGGACUGUACCUGUCCGCUACUGGAGGCACUGCAACGCCACCUACAGACGCAGAGGAACUCCAGUGAGACUCGGGCCACGUUGGGAGUGCCUGCCUGUGCCUCACCGCAGAGCCUGGCGGGCCGGAGUCUGGCGUCAGUGCGGCCCGGUGAGGCCUGCUGGGCCCCAGGUGUCACCGCCAGUGCUGUGCUCUUACCGCUGCUCGUCCUGCUCACCCUGCUGCUCUGCUGGUGCAUCAGGAGGAGACGCCACAGAGAGGAGUCUGUCCCAAAGCCAGCAGCAGUGGGGUCCAAGCCCCCUGCCGCUGCGGGACACGAGGCCGGAGCAGGGGCAGCCGAGUCGGUGGGCGCGGGGUUGAGAGAUGCCCUUCUGAGGAACCAGUUGAUGCUGCGGCCGGCUUCCUCCCUACUGGGCAGCAGUCGCGACCUCUACGAAGAGGUGGAGAUCCGCCUGGGUUCUGAGGGUUUGCUGGACUCACCCCAGGCGCGGGGGGACGAGGGCACGCGGGGCCCCCUGCUGGACGAUUUGGAGACUGUGAGCGUCACAGAAGUGAUGACGGACUCUGCCAACCGGGAGAAGAUGUACCUGGUGCAAUCGACUGAAUAUUACAGCCUGGUCCCUGAGAUCGAGCUGGAGGAUUCGGAUCACGGCGAGUAUGAGAGCGUGGAGCUGCCGUGAUGUGCGGAGGACUCGGAUCAUCACGAGUACGAGAGCGUGGAGAUGCCGUGAUAUGUGAACGGAUCAUGGUGUUUAAUGGCUGGAGUAGAAACUUUCUGUUAACUAAAUGUAUUCAUUCAGCCUUAGACCAGAAAAUGAAAUGCUGAGCCCCACCUCGUCCCCCCCCCCCCCACUAACCAAGGCCACAGAGUCACUGCCCCAUGCUCACUGACCACGUUCAGGUGGGAAACAGAUCUUCACAGGCUCAGGGAAUCUUCCAGAAGCCUUGUUUCUGCUUUGGCAUUCUGUCACUGGCAGCUGUUUUUAACAACGUACUGUCGUAUUCAGACAAUAACUGUCAUGUUAUGGGGUCGGUGUGUGGUGCAGUGUGUCUGUGGUCAGAUGGUUGUUGGUUCGAGCCCCAACCUCAGCAGAAUAGUCGCAUGUCUGUGGGCCCUUGAGCGAGGCCCUUAACCCCCAGCUUUAGGGCCGCCGCUGAAAAAGAAUUUUCCCACAGGGAUUAAUAUUGUUUCUAUUCUGUUCUGUUUUAUUCUAAUGUGGAAGGAUGGUUUAAUUUUUAAUUUUAAACAUUAUUAGAGCAUUUACUUUAAACCUAGAGAUGCUAACGUAUAUCUUCACUUCAAAUACACUAACCAUGAAACAGUAACAAUAUCUCCUGUAAAGCAGAGCCUUUUACAGUGUGUGAACUCAACAGUGUUUAAUGUCUGUGUUCAUGGGGGUUUGUAACCUGUACACUGUGAAUUUUGAUAGUGUGGUAGCACCCAGAAAAAAAGUAACCUAUUUUAUCAAAGAAUUAUUCUAUUGGUGUAAACAGCUUUAUUUAUUCACGUCAAAUCUGAGGUUUAACUCUUUUUAGUUGUUUGGCUCUGUUGAUUUACUAGUUUUCACAAACCAGCUAAGCAGACAGACGUUUCGCAGUUCAGUCUGUUCUGAGCUCAAACCGCUGUUUGUAUUAAAGUGCUUCUCUCUGC